AGUGCGGUGUUUCCCGUGAGACACGUUGUGAACCCUCAAUAAAUAAAAUCAACGAAAAGCCGCAUACCAGUGUAUUGAAAUAUUGGAGAUGCCACCCAAGAAAGUCGAGGAACCCGAGCGGAAACCACUCAUUGGGCGGGUUGGUACCAAUUUGAAAGUGGGAAUUGUUGGUAUUCCAAAUGUUGGUAAAUCGACGUUCUUCAAUGUGUUGACGAAAAGCCAGGCGGCUGCUGAGAAUUUCCCGUUCUGCACCAUUGAUCCUAAUGAAAGUCGAGUACCUGUACCUGACACACGAUUUGACUACUUGUGCGAGUACUUCAAGCCAGCAAGCAAAGUUCCAGCGUUUCUCAAUGUUGUGGAUAUUGCGGGUCUUGUGAAAGGAGCUGCCGAGGGCCAGGGACUGGGAAAUGCAUUUUUAUCUCAUAUCAGUGCGUGUGAUGCGAUUUUCCAUCUGUGCAGGGCAUUUGAAGAUGAUGACGUAACCCACAUAGAGGGUGAGGUGAAUCCUGUCCGAGAUCUCGAAAUAAUCAGCGAGGAAUUACGUUUGAAGGAUAUUGAACUUCUCAAUAUUCAUGUGGAAAAAUUGGAAAAGCUCGUUGUAAGGGGCAACGAUAAAAAGCUCAAACCUGAAUACGAAACUUUACUAAAGGUGAAACAUGUACUUGUCGAUGACAAGAAUCAUAUUAGAUUCCAGGACUGGAGUGCCAACGACAUCGAAGUACUGAACAAGUGCCUAUUCCUCACUUCCAAACCAGUAAUUUACUUAGUGAAUUUAUCGGAAAAGGAUUACAUACGUAAAAAAAACAAAUGGCUUAUUAAGAUCAAAGAAUGGGUGGAUAAGAACGACCCUGGUGCUAGUCUGAUCCCGUUUAGUGGGGUUUUCGAAAACCGAGUGAUCGACAUGGACAACGCCGAAAAGGCCAAGUAUUUCGAGGAGAGUAAAGUCACGAGUGCACUAGAGAAGAUCAUUAUUCAGGGAUACAAAGCACUACAACUCCAAUAUUUCUUCACUGCUGGUGUUGAUGAAGUUAAAGCUUGGACGAUUCAGAAAGGGUGUAAGGCCCCGCAGGCAGCUGGCAGGAUUCACACGGAUUUCGAAAGAGGCUUUAUUAUGGCUGAAGUUAUGAAAUUUGAAGAUUUCAAGAAUGAGGGCUCUGAAGCUGCAGUUAAGGCUGCAGGAAAAUAUCGACAACAAGGAAGAAAUUAUGUCGUCGAGGACGGUGACAUUAUCUUCUUCAAAUUCAACGCCGGUGCGGGACUCAAGGACGCUAAAAAAAAGUGAUGCCACGCCUUUUUAAUAUUUGUACUUGUGCAUCUAUACAUCAACAUGAUUAUUUU